AAAUUCCCCUUUCCUCAGUAACUCACAGCUUCAUCUAUUCAAAUUUACUUCACUUUAAUUCAGUUCCUUUACAUUCGAUCAACUCGAAUUCAUCUUUCUUUAAAGUAAUAAAUCUUCUAAUUCACGAAUUGAACAACUUUUACAAUGGCUACAACCAGACUUGAGAAUGAGGAUCACUCCCGCGAUGCCGCUUUCAACAAAGCAAUGCAUAAGGAUUCCGCCAAUUCUGAGGGUGGUUUCCGUGCUAUGAUGGGGAAGGAUUCCUCAGCUCAAAAAGCUGCUGUUGAUGAAUACUUCAAGCAUUUUGACAACAAGACUGCUAAGGAUGAAACCAAAGAGGAUAGAGAUGCAAGAGUCGCUGAAUAUGCUACUUUGACAAGACAGUAAGUUUACGCGUCAAUUGCAAACAAGAUCCAAUUCUAAUAUCUUCAUAGUUACUACAAUCUCGCGACCGAUCUUUACGAAUACGGAUGGGGACAAUCUUUCCAUUUCUGUCGUUUCGCAUACGGUGAACCUUUCUAUCAAGCCAUUGCCCGUCAUGAACAUUACCUCGCCGCCAAGAUUGGUAUCAAGGAUGGCGACAAGGUUCUCGAUGUUGGAUGUGGUGUCGGUGGACCGGCGAGAGAGAUUGCUAAAUUCACUGGAGCACACAUUACUGGGUUGAAUAACAAUGAUUACCAAAUUCAACGUGCAACUCGAUAUGCGCAAAAGGAGGGUAUGGCUGAUCAAUUGAAGUUUGUUAAAGGAGAUUUCAUGGUAUGUUGCUUGUCUUUUACACAAAUUCAUAAGAUGGAGAAAUGCAGAGUCUACAUGAUGUCACGCAUUUUUAAAGUAUUUGCUACUUCAGAGCUUGGAGCUCAAGCCAUGAGACAAUUAACACCAUGUGCACUGAUAAAGGCUUUGGACAUCUCCAUCGGUACCCACCUUGAAUUUUAGAUCAUCACUAAUAAUAUUUUAGCAAAUGUCUUUUCCAGAAAACUCCUUCGAUGCUGUCUACGCAAUUGAAGCUACUGUUCACGCACCAUCCCUCGAGGGUGUCUACUCCCAAAUUUUCAGGGUUCUCAAGCCAGGUGGAACCUUCGGUGUCUAUGAGUGGCUCAUGACUGAUAACUACGAUAAUGACAACGAGCAUCACCGUAACAUUCGUCUCGGUAUCGAGCUGGGUGACGGAAUUUCAAAUAUGGUCAAGAUUUCCGAGGGUAUCGCCGCCAUCAAAGCCGCUGGUUUCGAACUCGUACUCCACGAGGAUUUGGCCAAGAGGCCAGAUGCUACUCCCUGGUAUUAUCCCUUGGCUGGUGACUUCAAACAUAUGGGUACCAUUGGAGAUUUCUUCACUAUUGCUCGUAUGACCAAGACUGGUAGAGGAAUAGUACACAAAUUUGUUGGUGCUUUGGAGUAUUUGAAAUUGGCACCACAAGGAACACAAAAGACAGCUGAUUCAUUAGCUGUGGCUGCUGAUUGUUUGGUUGAAGGUGCUAAGGAGGAUUUGUUCACACCUAUGUAUUUGAUGGUUGCUAGGAAGCCUUUGGCUUAACUUUUGGGCGUUUUGAGACGAAGGGUGGAGUGGUCUUGGACUGACGCGAUUGUCAUCUUUUCGUCCAGAUUAUGAGUUAUAUGCAAGAUGUAUAUGUGCUUGGAGUUUUUCUUUUACUACAGCACUGGACUUGAUGUUUGGGAUGAGGAUAUCUUAAACCAAGAUGAAUGCUGGAAUGAUACAUUGCAUAGACAUACUAUUAGACGAUUGUAAUAAUUAUGAAAAUAUAUAACUAAUAAUACACAUUGUCCUAUUGAACUGG